AUGUCGGUGGUAAAACGAGACAAUACUGGCUUCGGUCAUGAGUUGAAGAAGGAUUUUCUGUUCGAUGAACGGUUCAUCAAUCUGAACCAUGGCUCAUUCGGCGCAUUCCCUCGUCAAGUGCAGGAUGUUCGUCGCCGCGAGCAAGAAUUCUGCGAGGCCCAACCUGACCCGUACAUCCGCUAUGAGUCCCCGCUGAAGCUGGAUCAGUCUCGGGCCGCCCUCGCGAGGCUGCUGAAAGUGCCAGUGGAGACGGUGGUGUUGGUCAAGAACGCGACGACAGGGAUUAACACUGUUCUAAGGGCGUUGACCUUCGCCCCGGGCGACCAUAUAGUCACCUUUUCCACGAUAUAUGGGGCGUGCGGAAACAGCGUGCGGUACAUUUGUGAGACCACGCCGGCGGAAUCGGUCACGGUUGACUACACGUACCCUGUAUCGGACCACUGGCUGGUGGACGAGUUCAAGAGGAGGGUGAAGGAGGUUGCGGCGAAGGGAGGAAGGGUAAGGUUGGCGAUUUUCGAUACGGUUGUGUCGAUGCCCGGACUGAGGGUGCCGUUCGAGCGUCUGACGAAGGCCUGUAAAGAGCUGGGAGUGCUGAGUUGUGUAGACGCCGCACAUGGCGUCGGACACGUGGAUCUGGAUAUUAGCAGGUUGGACUGUGAUUUCCUCACGAGUAACUGCCAUAAAUGGCUUUUCGUCCCUAGGGGUUGCGCAAUGCUUUACGUCCCGCUACGGAACCAGCACCUCAUCCGGUCUACUAUACCAACAUCCCAUGGCCUCAUUCCGCUGCUGAAGGAAGGCGAGGAAAAGCCGCGAAGUCCAUUGCCGACUCCGGAGCCGACCAAGUCUGCUUUCGAAGUCAAUUUCGAGUUCGUGGGCACCACCGACAACACGCCAUACGCCUGCAUUCCCGCCGCCAUCGAGUACCGCCAGUCCCUCGGUGGCGAGGAGAAGAUCCGAGAGUAUGUCUUCCACCUCGCGAGGAACGGCGGUCGGAAAGCCGCGGAGAUUUUGGGGACGGAAGUGCUGGGCGCGGCGAUGGAUGCGCGAGGGGAGUCGCGGUUGGGGGACUGCGCUUUUGCAAACGUGCGGCUUCCGAUGUCAGUGGCUGCGGUUGAGCAGACGGCGGCACGGGUAACGGGUGGGAAGGGGACUAGUCCUGACCUGAAGGGUACUGCUCUGGCUAUGAAAGUCCAGGACUGGGUGAUGAAGACGAUGAUUGCAGAUUAUGACACGUUAAUUCCUCUGAUCCUUUACGGAGGGGAGUGGUGGGCCCGGUUGAGCGGGCAGAUAUACUUGGACGAGCAUGACUUCGAGUUUGGGGCGGAAGUCCUGAAGCGGUUGUCAGAAAGGGUGUUGCUGGGGGAGAUAUGGAGGUGAGUGACACAGGAUUGGCCGGUUUGACUUCUGCUAACCAUCGAGUCUUUUCGAUAGUGGUGAGACAGCGCAAGAUUUGAAAGCUAAGCCGGUGGUGACGAGGACGAAUGGAGAGAGUCCCGCCAAACCCUAAGAUCACCAAUACAGAUUUGGCCGGAUGGACGCUUUGC